AUGGAUCCGUACGAAGGAGGAGCCCCAACUUCCAACAAUUCACAUCGACCCAGGGCACUCACUUCAAAACUAUCCUUCUCCUUCCUACAACAGAAAGUAACGGCUUCGGACAGCUCCUCAAAUCUAGUAACGAAUCCUACAACCGCGGUUACCUUGGCAAAUGCGAAUCAAGCGGAUAUUGCUUUUCCUAACGAAGCAGAUGAUACUAGCCUGUUGCAUCCAUCAUACCUGAACAGAUACUCAUUAGCAAGCGGUACCAGCCCGUAUCUAUCUGCAGUGGGUUCAUCUGAUGAGGAGUUCGAGGGGGAAAACAUUGAAAACAGUGAGCUUACUAGUCUUUUCCAGAACCUUAUGGCAAAGGAUUCAAGAAGAGGGGAUGAGAACGGGAUUUCAACUCCAAGUAUGCAUAAUGUUUUUACUGACGAUGAAGUACCUCUUGAUGAAUCGUUCUUAAUGAAACGAGUGGCUUUAGAAAAGCUGGAUAAUUUGGAUACAUUCAAGGGAAAACUCAAACACUUUUUCAUUCUAUCCACAGCAGGCAAACCAAUCUAUUCCAUGAAUGGAUCAGACGGCUUAAUUAUGGGAUAUAUGGGUCUCAUUACCACUAUUGUAAGCACUUUUCAUGAGAGCUUGAAAUCCGAGUUCCAUCACAUAUCCCAAGACAAGUUUAGAUUAGUGGUUAUGGAUCGGAAUCCAUUAUUGUUGGUCGCUGCUACCAAUGUCUCAUCGGAACUCGUACCUUGCUCGGGUGAUAAUAGUGAGACUUCGAUAAUCGAAGAACAGCUCAGAACUAUAUACAACUACAUCCUCGCUGUUCUUUCAAAGCCGGUUAUUUGUAAGAACUUUGACAGGAGAAUGAAUUAUGAUCUUCGAAAUAUCUUGUCUCAUCAGGAUUUCAACAUGUUAGAUUCUUUGUGCAUGAAACUAACAUAUGGGUUCACUCUAUCUACCACUGGAGAAUACGAAAUGGAUAACUCCUUCUACAUAGGAGCUAUGCUUAACAAUGCCAUUACAUGUGCCAAAAUUCGGAAGUCAACUAGAGCGAAGCUUGAUGCAAUAUUGAUAUCAUGCAAAAGACUAAAAGCAAAACAACACAGCUCGAAUGGAUCAUUGAUUAUUCUGGACAAACUUUUGGGAUCUGAUAAAGAAAGAUUUAUUGCAUCAGAUUUGCUAUUUGGUUUUCUCACUAUAGAGGAAAAAGUUUUGAGCUAUUUAAGACCGAAAGCCCACCACUUAGGAAACGAAGAUAUUAGAACUUUGCUUUCUACAGUUUCAUCCUCAUUGCAGGUUCCAGAACAUGACGAUGCACCCGAGCUUUGGAUUCCUCUUUGUAUGCCCAACUUCAAUGACUCGGGCUUCCUCUAUCUCUUUGUGAAGCAAUUGUUCCUUCCGACCCUUGCUUCACCUAUCAUUAUAAUUCUACUAAGUGGAAACAAAAGCAGCUUUUACGACAUGAAAGAGGUAGCAAACUACAUUACUUACAGGAUUAAGAGAUCUUCAGCGUUCUGCAGAAAAUUGAGUGAUGAGCUUGUGCACAUGUCCACAUCCACUCCCGUCCUAAGAGAGUUGGGCAUUUCAAUCAUCAGGCAUUUCAUUUACAAGCGCAAGAGCUACAAUCAAUUUUACAUGGACAACCUACAAUUCGAUGGAAAUAUGAGCCAUGUUCUUAGAGCGCUGUCUCAUGUAAAUCAUUUGUACUCCAAUUUAGCACGCUCGAAAACGUCGAUUGCAAUAGAAGGGAUUCUGAGUGCAAAAAAGCUCACAUAUACCCGUUGGCAACUUGAAGGUGGCUGGUUGACGGGUUUUUUGUUACAAGAUGAAAAAUCAGAGUUUUAUUGUAUUUGCGGCGGUUCGGGCCAAGCGCAAAUGAUUAUCGAGGAAAGUUUACGUAUCAUAAGAUGGUGCGAGCGUUACAAUAAGAGAUUAUUUGUCGGUGACGGAGUAACUUUUUAG